AUGGGUGUUCAGGGACUCUCCACUCUGUUGGAUACCUACCGGCAGAUCUACCGGGAGGUCCAGCUCAUGAAGCGCCGGCUGGUGAUCGACGGCUGCAACCUGCUGUACCUGAUGUACUUCAGCUCAGGUCUGGACCAGAACCACGGUGGGGACUAUGCCGCCUUUGAGGACCAGAUCGAGAGGUUUGUCAACGCCCUCAGAGACUGCGAGAUCACGCCAUACGUGUUGCUGGACGGAGGCUCGGACCACACCGACAAGAAGCUGGAAACCUUGACGCUGAGAGCUGAGCGCCGGAUCAAGAAAGCCCAUCAGGCAGCGGUGGGUGGUGGGAAGGAGGAUGUCCUGCCAAAUCUGGCCAAGAUGGUGUUCAAACAGACGCUGGCCCGCCUGAAGGUCAAAGUGGCCCAGUGCUUCGGAGAGGCCGACCAGGAGAUCGCUGCCCUGGCCAGAGAGUGGAGGUGCCCGGUGCUUUCCAACGACAGCGACUUCUACAUUUUCGACCUCCCAGACGGGCUGCUGCCCAUUGCUCAUUUCAAGUGGGAGGCGGUGGAGCGGAGCGGCUCGCAGCGCUACAUCCCCUGUAAGAGCUACAACGCCUCCAGCUUCUGCAUCGUCUUCGACAUCCAGCCCCGGCUCCUGCCCGCCUUCGCCGCCUUGGCCGGGAACGACUACGUGAAGAUGCGGAGGACGGAGUCGUCCGUCGACUGGGCUCAGUUUGACCCGGGACGCAGUGAGAAAUCAAGCUACCUGGAGGGGCUGCUCUGGUGGUUGCGGGACUUCCGGGAACCUCGGGAGGCCCUGGAGGCGGCGGUGGGGCUGCUGGGAGAAGUGAGCAGGAAGAAAAAGGAAGAGGUGUUGCAGAGCCUGACUCAGGGGAUGGAGGAGUACCAGGUGCAGCCCAGCUCCCUGAAGAGUUUCUUCAUCAACGGGACAGCACCUCCGUUCGCAGCAGUAGAAAAAGUGGCUGGUCUUAUCCCAGACUGGAUCCGGCUGCCUCUGACGCAGGCCCGGCUGACCGGAGACAUCCUGGACGUGCUGCAGCUGCAGAGGAUGAGCCUCAGCAUCUCCGUGGACCACAGAGACGUGCCCAGCGCCAACCUGACCUCCAGGCCGCUCCGCCAGGUGAUGUACGGGCUGCUGCUGGGCGGGGCGAAGCCGCUCCAGGUGGAGGAGAGAGACCGGGAAGGCCUCCGGCUGAAAAUCGUCCCGGUGCUACCGGCCUUCAGAGGGGUGGCUCAGCCGCUGGUGCUCGGCUCGCUGAAUCAGGUGGAGCUCUCUGAGCGGCUGCAGGUGUUGCUGCAGGCUCUGGGGGUGACCGAGGCCCCUCUGAGCCGCCUGCCGUCUCAGCUGCGCCUCCCGGUGGCCGUCACCUGCUUCUGGCUGCAGAGAGCUGAGGUUCCUCAGGAGGAGAGGCUGGUGAAGCCGCUGCUGCUGUGGCUGAGUCACGGAGACCGUAUGAGAAGGAGUUCAGCUCUGCAGGCCGACAGUCAACGCUGUAAACGGAAGCUGGACUUGGCCGUGGCUCACGCCUUCAACCAGUGGCAGGCCUGCCUGAAGGACGCCGUCCACCUGAACCAGCUGCUGGGCUGCCCUCUACCCGAACCACAGAUCGCACGGUUGUAUGAGGGGACGCUCAUCCACCAUCUGGUCCACAGGAUGAGGGCAGGGGGAAGACUGAGGGCCUUCCUGAAGAGCGAUCGCUCCGCUCUGAGCCAGUACCGAACCAUGCUGUCCGUCGUCCACCAGAUUCAGUGUCGGGGACCGUCGACGCCCUCAGAGACGCGGAGGAAAGCGACGCAGCGGCAGCCGCUGGACGACGUGACCGCCAACCUGCAGCAGCUGUUCCUCCAGGACGAAGACGAGGAGACCUCGGACAGCGCCAGAGCACAGGAGGACCUACAUCUGGAUGAUCUGGUGUCGGUGAGAACUCGGUACAGAACCAAGGAGCGGUACAACCGGUGCAGCGACCCACAACUGGCCCGCAAAGCGGAUUGCAGGGGUCGGGACAUCCUCUGAGGACCAGAAGCCCGGCUCCAGCUCAGUGUCCCGCCUAUGAUGAACUAACGCCGUCCUGUAACAGACGUUUCAUGCUUGUCCUCUGCUGGUUUCGAUCCGACGACGUUUUAUUUUCUUUCCUCUCUUGCUGUGAUGAUUUAUUAUGAGCCGAAGCUUCUGUACCAGCCUGCAGCAGCGGAUUGGCGGGUUUUAACCGUAUUUAUAUUUGCUCUUGUUCUUUGUAUAGCAGCACUUUUAACUCUCCGCUUGUCUGAGAUGAUUGUUUUAACUGUAGAUACUCUGUGUGUAUCUGGCGUCUUUCAAUAUUUAUCAGCUGAUUUCUUAAAUUUCUUUUUACUUGUCGAGAUAAGAAAGAAAUACAAAGAAGUUCAUGUUAAAUCCAUUGUU